AUGGUGCCUGCCACGACAACACAUAAUUUUGGGGGAUGCGCGCACAGCCAGCGCAAGCCCACCCACAAGUUCUGCAAUGAGUGCGGCGCCUUGCUCCCCUCGCCCCACGGCCUCCUGGCAUCGAGCACCCCCGCCGCACCACCCGUAAACCUCCGACCAGCCCCCGUGCGGCCACCAGCCCAACCCGGAGCCAGUCCUCCCGCGCAGUUCGGCCCACGCAAGGACUUCUCGAAGCCAGAGGCACGUGCGCGUGCGGCGACAGGACCCACCGCCAACUUUGCCCAGCAGCAGCAGCGCACGCAGCCACCGGUCCCAGCGCGCCAGCCACAGACGACCACCGCCGCGGGCAGCGGUGCGCCGCCUCGCCACUUGGGCCGGUCCUCCCCGACGUCGACGUCGUCGCCCAACAGCCCCAGUCAUCCAGCGCCGCUGGCCCGCCCGGGCUACGCUCGAACCCAAUCGCCCUCGCACACGGCCACCACCCUGGCCGCCUAUUCACCGCCGUCGCAGUCGUUGGCCCGGUCAUCGCCGCCGACGGCGGUCAAUGCGCGGUCGGCCGGGUGGUCCGCGUCUCCGUCGUCCGCCGCGACUCCUCCGCCCUCGGUCCCGGCCCGCUCCAGGCCUAUGAUCGUAGGUAGCAGCAAUGGCGGCAGCGGCGGCUACGGCGGGUCGGCCUCGGCUCCGGUCUCUACAUACAACAGCGCGGCCGCCGGCGGCUUUUCCCUGUUCGGCGGCUCCUCAUCGACGUCGCCCGACCAGCGCUAUAUAUCCGCGCCUCAGCCUUCCACCCGGCCAGGAGAGAGCGAGAUGACCAAGGAGGAGCGCGAGCUCAAGAAGCUGUUGCGCGAGGUGGAGAAGGAAAAGGAGAGGGUGCUCCAGGAAGAGCGCCUCAAACAGCGCGAGAAGGAAUUCGAGAAGGAGGAGGAGCAAUACACCAAGGAGAAGCAGCGCGACUACAUCCAAAAGCUGAAUGCGGGCAAGUUGGAAAUGGGCCAACGUGAGUCGGUCUACGUGCACCAGAAGAAGGACGCGCCCGUGCUGACCCUUCAGCUCCUCGACGAAACCAUAAUUGAGAAACACAACAGCCAAACCUACACGUUGUACCGAAUACGAGUGACGUGGGGCGACUGCGUGUGGACGAUCCAGCGUCGCUACUCCCAGUUCAGCGACUUUCACAAGUCGGUCAAGUGGAAGACCAACGUCAAGCUGCCGUACCCUCUGCCCGGCAAGAAGCUCAUCGGCUCCCUCGAAGACGAGGUGGUGGAGCAGCGAAAGGUGGGUCUGCGACAAUACCUCAAAGGCGUGGAGGAGCGGCAGAUGGAGCUGGUGAACAACGAAAAGUACGAGCAGCUCUUCAUCCGCUUCGUGGGACCCUUCCAGCUGGGCGACACCAAGGACCACGUGCCCGGGAACAAGAUGCCCUUCAAGGUCAAGCUCUGA